AUGUCUGCAGGCAAAGAACCUGCUGACAGCAGCACGAAGCCGCGAAUAUCACGCCUCCCUGCACCUUCACUCUUCGUCGGCCCUCCAUCACGCAAUGCGUCGAACCUUUCGUUAACAUCGCCUAAGGAAGGAGGCUCCAGUAGUGCCAAACCAUUGAGCAGACAACGUUCACGCCUCGGACAGUCGAGUGAAGUCCAUGAUGUUCCAUCUAGUCCUGUGGAAAGUAACACGUCUGGGGGACUCAGCAGACAUCCUACGGUCCAAAUAUCGACAUGGGAGGGUGUAAGCAACGAACGUACAGAUGCAUUGUGGGCUGAAAUGCAGAACACCCUUGAGGAGGUCGAGUUGAAUGCCACAAGUGGAACGCACGUAUUUGGACCGGGACAUUCGCGCGCCCUUGAAGAGCUUCGUACCGCACAGAUAGCACUUGCCCAAGCCUGGGCCAAAAGCGAAGCCGACGAGGACCAGACGGGAAGCACUUCGGCCACCGCGCAUUCAGGCAGUGCUGGCGCUACAAACCCUAUCAAUACAGUUGAUUCCCUAUCCGGAGACCGUGCGAACAAACUAGGCCAAGUGGCGGCAACCCAGCCGGCCGGGUCGAAAACACAGUUGGAAGAGGACACGGAAAAAGACAUUGCGCUCGCUAGGCAGAGAAGAGAGGCGAAUGACCGAUACUUUGAGAGAGUGAAUCAGGGUGUACUGGAGGUAGUGAAGAAACUUGAAGUAGUGGCCAAAGCCAUGAAGGACGUCGAGGUGGAGAGCAAGGAGAUUUGGGGGGAAAGGGAUAGCAUCGACACGGCGAGUAUAGAGUACAUGAAGGUCUAA